GGUGCACUUCUACACCUCAAGCCAUCAACCCUACUCUUUCCUUACCAAGCUCUUCGAUCUCUUCUCCACCAACCAUGAAAGACAGCAGCGAGAAGCGAUAUGCUCUCCUCCUCGCUACUAAAGACUCAGACUAUGUCAAGAAAAUCUAUGGAGGCUACUUCCCGGUCUUCGUAGAAGCAUUUGGUGAUGAAGGUGAGACAUGGGAUCUUUAUAGAGCGAUAGAGGGCGAAUUCCCCGACAUGGAGGAGCUCGAUAGCUAUGAUGGUUUCGUGAUCAGCGGAAGCCCCCAUGAUGCCUAUGGAAAUGACCUCUGGAUCCUAAGGCUUUGCUUCCUGAUCCAGACCUUGGAUUCCAUGCAAAAGAGAGUCCUUGGCAUUUGCUUUGGCCACCAAGUCUUGUGCCGGGCAUUGGGAGGCCGAGUUGGAAAGGCUUAUGGGGGGUGGGACAUUGGAGUUCGGAAGGUGAUCAUGGCGGAAGACUUGUCCCAAUGCAAAUUUCUUGAAGGUGUUGAGGAGUUUCCUCACAGCGCUCCAAUCAUCGAGUGCCAUCAAGAUGAGGUGUGGGAGGUGCCAUUGGAGGCUGAGGUGCUUGCCUUCUCGGAGAAGACCGGAGUAGAGAUGUUUGCGAUCGGAGACCAUGUGUUGGGAAUUCAAGGGCACCCGGAGUACACCAAAGAUAUCUUGCACAAUCUCAUCGAUCGCCUUGCUAACAUGAGCUCCAUUGAUAGAGCUUUUGCUGAUGAUGCCAAAAGAAGAUUGGAGGAAGCCGAACCUGACAGGAGCUCUUGGGUGAAGUUGUGCAAGGGAUUCCUCAAGGGAAGAUGAAGCCAAGGAUCUAAACCUCUUGUUGUUUCUUUUUUAACCGGCUCCUGUAUUGGUAUCUAUAAUCACAAGUUGACUGCGUAAAAGAUAGGGAACAAAGAUUGCUUGCCUCCUUUUAAUACGAAUCUGUCCCCCCUUUUUUUUA